AAUGGCUCGAUCUGAUGCAAGACAUGAAACUCGUUCAAGUACCGCCUACAGAUGAACUAGUCUCGCAAGACCGAUGUUGUCACUUUCAGACAUCUUCAGAAAGUAGGAAUUUUUCUCCCCUAAAGGCUUUCUUUCGACCUCUCGAUUGCAAGGGAGCGAUUAACGUCUCCAGAGCGAAACCCGCAGGCCUAGACUAAAUAAAGGCCUCUGCUCCGCCUGCUGGGUGCGGCCAUUCGUCUCCUGACGUCACAAUCGGUGGGCGGUACUGGCCGAGGGGCGUGGUCUGAGGGGGCAGGGCCGGCGUUCCGCAGCGCGGCCGCCGCUCAUUGCCCUCGGGCUCCCCACCGCGUCCCAGUCGCCAGCGUCCACGGUGCGGUUCCCAGGCGCUCGGCUCGAGCCCGCGCGCUCCCCGGAUAGACGCGGACGCUGCUGGGUGCCGGGGGAGCGGAGGAGCCGCUCACGGACCAGGCUGCGGCAAUCUUAACGGCCAGCGGAGGACCAUCCCUGCCACUCCGCGUCGGGGCUGUGAGAGGAGGACAAGGGCAUGCUGGGCGGCGGCAGCGACGCGGGCCUGGCCACCGCCGCGGCGCGGGGGCAGGUGGAGACCGUGCGGCAGCUCCUGGAAGCCGGCGUAGAUCCCAACGCCGUCAACCGCUUCGGGAGGCGCCCGAUCCAGGUCAUGAUGAUGGGCAGCACCCAGGUGGCAGAGCUGCUGCUGCUCCACGGAGCGGAACCCAACUGCGCUGACCCCAACACUCUAACCAGACCCGUGCACGAUGCAGCUCGGGAGGGCUUCCUGGACACCCUGGUGGUGCUGCACAGGGCAGGGGCGCGGCUGGAUGUGCGGGACACCUGGGGCCGCCUGCCGGUGGACCUGGCUGAAGAGAUGGGCCAUCAUGAUGUCGCAGUCUAUCUGCAUGCUGCCACUGGGGACUGAUGGCAGGAUCCCUCAACCUUCCGUCAGGACUUGUUUUUCACCCCAGCACCAUCUAGGCAGACUGCGAGCAUGAAGGGGAGCUGUGUACAACCCGCAAGUCUUCCAAAACUCCAAGCCUAUGCAGGAAGGUAAAGCCAAUGAGAAAUAACUUCCGAAGUGUUUUCCUGCAUCUGGGUCUGGAUCUGGCCCUCUAUUCUCACCCUGAAGCCAAAGGGAUCCCCAAUUUGAUUUAGUAUUGUGUGACGUUCUGGGAGCCCUUUCCUUUUCAGGUGUAAAAUAACAAGGGAAGUUCUUGAAUCUCCACAACAUGAUGGUGCAGUGGGAAUUGGAGAAUGUGCUUGGUGACUGACAAUAGGGAGGGAGCAGUCAGUACCUCCCUCCCCCUGUGACCUCCAAAUGCAGAUAAUCCACAGUCUAGAAGGAAACCCUGGAGACUAGGCAAGAAGCAUUGAAGAGCGCCUGGGGCUUGAAGCAACUGUGCCGGGAUGGUGGUUCACCUGCAAAAUGGCAUUCUAUUGAAACUGGGGACCCACCCCUGGCACCAGCUGGAAAACAGUGUUAGGUGACAGCAGAUCCCUGCUAUACUCUGGGAACCACGGUUGCUUGAUGGUCUGAUUUCUGACAGGUUCAACCUACACAAAAGUUCAGUGGUGAAUGGUAGUAUGUAGCAAUUUGCUGUAUGUAAAACAGUUUAAGAACCCCUGGAGGAAUUUCCUACAUUGGAGUUCUUUAGUAACAGUGUAUUUAAUGAGUUACACUUUUAACAGUGUAACUUCUGGUGAGACCGAAGUGAAGCUUGGUUUUGCUUGGUUGGUUUUGUUUGUUUCCCUUUUUUUUUAAGGCAGCACUUUCCUCUGUAGCUUAAGCUAACCCUGAAGUCAGGGUACCCCUGCCUUAGCCUCCUAAGUACUGGGCUUGUAGCAGACACCCCUUCUGGAGUAUGGCUUCUUAGUGAAACUACAACACGUGGCACACUCCCAGUGGCAAUGCACACCCUGCUUUCAUCCUUGACCUGUUACUUCUCUGUUCAUUGUUUCUGGUACAGUGAGUGUCUCAUGGGAACUAUUCUAGGUGUCCUUGGGCUACUUCCUAAAGGUUAGGCAAAAGAGGUUGAGUAUGAACUUACUGAAAUUAAAUGACAACUUAUGGGCUGUCUUGCUUGUCUACUGAACAAAUUGUGGAUACACUCUGUGGGGCUUCCAUCGUGGCUUGGGUCCUUAUAGCAUUGAAACAGUUGAUACGUCUUUGUUUUAAUAAAGAAUAAACAGUA